AUUUUAUUGCCGCUGCUUUCUGGCAGAGAAACUUGUAACGACAAACAGACAGUUUGAAAUAAGCCAUAGUUAGAUAAGUUAACGAAUCCAAAAAUAAACAUAAGGUCUAUACCAACGAAACUGAUAAUGCUUUAAACGUACAACUGUGAAAACCAACCAACAUGAGCCAAUGUCAAAGUUAACCAAGUGCAGGAAACACAGCGCCUAGCCGAACAGCUUUCAGAGAUUCGCCAACGAACCAGAAACAGAUCAGGAAUACAUCAGCAGAGUUGCCUUAGGAUUAAGCUUUAGCUACCAACGACCAUACGAAAAGGACCCGCCAGGAUCCACAGAUUCCAUUUAGAAUGCCCGCAGCCGCCACUACGAAGCAGCGCCCGCCCGCCUCCGUUGCCGAGGAGGGCAUGACGCCCAAGAAGACUGCCCUCAUCAUUGUGACCGUCAUCGGAUGCAUUGCCAUUCUGUGGCCAAAGGUCUUUCAUCCCAUGAUGUUUGGAGGAGUAGCGCCGCCCAAGCAAAACUUUAAGGAUCAGAGAGCUGCCCCAGGCGGCUGUUGCGAUGUCGUGCUCGACAGGGAGCACUUUAUGAAUGCCUCUAAGCCGGGAAGCCCCGAGCCCUUUGGGCCGCAUUUGUACCGCAAGCAGAUCAAUGUCUAUACCGGCGAAAUAAGUCUACGCCAGGAGCGUCCAGCCCACCUGCAUCCGGAAUCCAUAUAUCAGGCAAUGCGGGAGCGUGGGCGCGCCAUUCCGGCCACUCCCACCGUUCCCAUAGUGGAGCGCAAGAGUUCGCCCAGUAAUCCGCCUCCGCGAAUUGUCGACGGGCGGCCUGGACCGAUUCCUGGUAUGCGUCCCCCCAUGGGAGCCGGGGCCCUGCAUCAACCACAGCAGCGUGGCAGUAGUAUGGGUUUCCUAAUGCCACUCUAUACAAUCGGAAUUGUUGUGUUUUUCGGUUACACGAUAAUGAAGAUUGUUUUCAAGAAACAAAUACCCAAUUCUCCAUACGGACCCGCCCCGUCGGAUCCCAGUUUCCGGCAAGAGGUCUUUGGCCAACAGAAACACAGCCAGGUGGAGGACUUGGCUGGCAGCAAAUUGGGCUGGCGAGAGCACCGUACAAGAGCUGCAGUCGAGAAGUCGCCGGCACCCAAGGACACCGGCAGGGAGCUCUACAACGCCAGUGUAUCGGCCACCGAGGUGGCCAACAGCCUGUCCAAUUCGCUGAAGCAGCACCAGCAGGAGAAGGAGGUCGAGCAGCUGAUGGAGAUCGAGAAACUGCGCCAGAAGCUCGAGAACACGGAGCGGGCGAUGGCCAAGCUGAUUGCUGAAAUGAACACCGACCAGGUCCAGGCAAAGCAAAACGACAACAACGAAACGAAAGAAGACCCAUCAGAGACCAAGCAGAACCUUUCCAACGGUCACCUAAAGAGCAACCAAGAUCCGGACCAGGAGGCCAAGGGAGCAGUAGCUGGAGCGGGAGCAGGGCAGCAACGGAAGCGUCGGACACCGAGCGCUGAACGAGAACUUACGGUACUGGGCAUGGAGUUAACAGCCAGUUGCGAGGGUGGCCAAAGAUGGACUGGACGCCCUCCAACGCCUGUUUUCCGAGCACCAAACGAACAUUCCAAAUUGGAAAACUUGCCAGAACCGCAGUCCAUUUACUUGGAGGGCGCUUUGGCCCACGACUCUCAGAUUUUGGUAGCCGACUCCCAGAUCAAGCGCGAAGAGGUUUACGACUCUGAACUGAAUGGAUCAGCCGAGGAACCAGCCGUAAUUCUGAGCAGCAGAAUGACAUUAUCAUUGAUUAAUUUGGACGCAAAUCAACAAAAUGGCAAUGUAGGCAAAACCGAAGUGGAGAGCCCCCUGGCUGAUGACAUUGAAAUAAUUGGACACGACGAAAAGUAGACAGAACAACAGUAUACAUUAUCGAAUACAAACGAAAAUUUGUAUGCCAAUUUGCAUAUAUUUUUGGCAAUGUUUAUGACUUGCUUCCGAUGAUGACUAAAACUAUUGCAAGAGCCGAGUGAAAUAUUUAGAAAGUUUCGUUGAACGACGAAGAUUAUGACUGAUUAAUAUGAAACAGAUUUGCCAAUAAUUUGAUAUCUGAUUUGUAUAUACAUAUUGUAUGUUUUGAUAUCUUUGUUUUGUUUUUGAAAACGCCAAUGUUUUUGUCUUCCUCCCAAAACCCAGUCUCUGUACUUAUGCUCUCCUAACAAUGUUCUUUUUGGUCGAAACGUAAUCCCACUUGAAUCUUCCAUGAAAAAGGAAACCCCGGGCUCUGUGAAAUGAAUGAUUUUAUGUGAAUACUGUUAGUUGAAACUCAACUCAAAACUAAUCUAUUAUUAAGAUAAGCCCAUGUGUAAUUUGAAACCGCAUCGUCUAUUAUUGUGCACUCUACUCUUCGCAUGACAACCCUCUAGUUAUUUGGGCAAGGAACAUUACAGAAACAGAUCCGAUCGAUUGCACCUUAUGAAUAAAAGCUAAAGUUAGUGCCACAGCGUUUGUGAACCUAGUAUAAUGAAUAAAUGGAAAACCGGACUAGAAA